AUGAAUACAUCAAUGCGAGCUAUCGAAAUUCUCUUUCUUGGCUUUCUCACCAUAGCAGCCAUUCAUUUGAGCUUUUGCAAUGGAAACAAAGAUGUGGCUUGCAUGAAGAGCGAGAAACAAGCUCUUUUAAGCUUCAAGCAAGAUCUAAAAGAUCUUUCGAAUCGACUCUCUUCUUGGGACGUUGAAGCUGAUUGCUGUAAGUGGGCAGGAGUUGUUUGCAACAACUUAAGCGGCCAUGUCCUUGAGCUCCACCUUCAAACUCCCAGUGAAUUUGAUUUAUAUUCAAGGUUGGGCGGUGAAAUAAAUCCUUCUUUGGUAAAUUUGACGCACCUCCGCUACCUGGAUCUAAGUCAAAAUUCUUUCACAGGAAUACGAAUCCCAUCCUUCAUUGGAUCUCUGGUAAGUCUGCAAUAUAUUAAUUUGUCUGAUGCAGGAUUUGUGGGAACAAUUCCUCAUCAUCUUGGAAACUUGUCGAGUUUACGUUCUCUAAGUCUUAGAGCUAAUGACGUGGAUGUUGAGAACCUUGAUUGGCUUCAUGCUCUUUACCAUUUGGAAUACCUAGACCUAAGCGAUGUGAGCCUUACCAAGGCACCCAACUGGCCACAAGUAAUUAAUAAGCUCCCUUUCUUGCUUGAGUUACACCUGUCUCGUUGUGGUCUUGAUCUCAGUCCUGCUCUACUCAGUGUUAAUUUUACCUCUCUUCUUGUCCUAGAACUUUCGAGUAACUGGGUCUCUUCGAUACCUAGUUGGAUCUUCAGUAUUACUAGUCUCAUUUCUCUUGAUCUAAGUUCAUGUGCUUUUGAAAGUCCAAUGCCUGAAGGUUUUCGGAAUCUGACUUCUCUCGUGACCCUUGAUGUUUCCUUAAAUAAUUUUCCAUCUUUCCCUCCUAAUUCUUUGUUUAGAAUGAACAACCUCGUUUUUCUUAACCUGAGAGGUGCAUUUGAAGCUCCACUUCCACUGAUUCUCCCAAACAUGACCAAUCUUAGGUAUCUUGAUCUAUCUUAUAAUGAUCUGAAUUCUACAGUACCCAGUUGGCUGUAUAGUUUUAGUCGUCUUGAGUACCUUGACAUGUCCUUCAGUAAGUUAGAAGGUGGAAUAUCAAAUGACAUAGGAAACUUGACUUCUAUCAUCACCCUAUUAUUGCCACAAAAUAAACUUGAAGGAACACUGCCAAGAUCGUUAGGAAGCCUUUGCAACUUGAGAUUUUGUGAUCUUUCAUAUAACAAUUUUAGGGGAGAACUGUUUAGAACCUCGUCUAAAUGCACAACAUACGCUUUGGAGACUUUGAUGUUGAACAACAAUCGACUUUCUGGUACAUUACCUGACCAACUUGGAAAAUUUGAAAUUUUGCAAGAGCUUGAUCUUGGGUAUAAUAAUCUAUCUGGCCCCAUUCCAAUCACUCUAGGAAGAUUGACGUCCUUAGAAACCAUGCGUUUACCCAACAAUCAAUUAAAUGGAACUCUUCCGGAAGGUCUUGGGCAUCUUUCUAAGUUAAGACAUCUUGAUUUGACUGACAAUUUGUUGUCAGGCAUUGUGUCUCAAGUUCACUUCACCAAUCUCGUAAAUCUGACGUUUUUAGGUGCCUCUGGAAACCGAUUAACUUUAAAUGUGAGUCUUGACUGGAUCCCGCCCUUUCUACUUGAAGUUCUAGAACUUGGAUCAUGGCAUUUGGGCCCCAAGUUUCCCAUAUGGCUUCAAUCCCAGAAGAAUCUUUCAUACCUUGACAUUUCCAACGCUGAAUUGUCUGAAGGGAUUCCAAGGCAUAUCCCAAGCUCUUUUGGGCUUUUGUAUGAUUUGAAUUCAUUACACCUGCGCAACAACCGGCUCUCUGGAGAAAUUUCUUCAUCUCUGCAAAACUGCACAAAUCUAGAAAUGCUUGACCUCAGUGAGAAUGAGUUUAUUGGAAGUAUACCAACAUGGAUGGGGGAAAGGCUUAGACAAUUAAAGAUUCUUGCUCUUCGCUCAAAUAGAUUAGAUGGCCUAAUACCUCCAGAAAUUUGUGGCCUCUACAGUCUUCAAGUCUUGGAUAUUGCAAACAACAAUUUGUAUGGUGGAAUACCUCAAUGUGUCAACAAUUUUGCUUCCAUGGCAGUGAAACUAGAAUCUAACGACCUUAUUUCCUAUAUAGGUCCAGGUCGUGAUCAUCUUGACAGUUUCUUAGAGAAUGCAAUUUUGGUGACAAAAGGAAAUAAUUACCAAUACGACAAGAUUCUUGCUCUUGUGGCUGUUGUGGACAUUUCAAACAACAAUAUAUCUGGAAAGAUCCCUGUGGAACUAACAAGUCUUUUGGGAUUGCUUUCAUUGAAUCUAUCUGGAAAUCGUUUGGCCGGUGUGAUUCCGAAGAAGAUAGGUAACAUGGAGUCAUUAGAAUCUCUUGAUUUAUCUAGAAACCAACUCUGUGGUGAAAUUCCUCCGACCAUAUCAAAUUUGACUUUUUUGAGUUACUUGAAUUUGUCUCAUAAUAACUUGUCAGGAAAAAUUCCAUCAAACACCCAACUUCAGUCCUUCAGUUCUUCUAGCUUUAUCGGAAACAACCUUUGUGGACUUCCACUAUCAAAUAAUUGUAGUGUUGGUGGCAAAACACCUGAUGUAAGGAAUGAAGGGGAUAGUGAGGGUGCAACGUCUGAAGUGGAUUGGUUUUAUUUGUUUAUGGGUUUAGGAUUUGUGGUAGGUUUUUGGGCCAUAUGCGCUCCUAUACUGUUCAUCAAGUCCUGGAGAUAUGCUUAUUUUCAAUAUCUAGAUAAUGUUUGGACCAGACUCGUAUUAUUAUACAUGGGCAAACGUGUUUAA